AUGAGUGUACUGUCCCUUUUUCACAUUGGUUCCCCGUUUUUGCGGACAAAUUGCACAGAAAAAAAAGAGAUUUAUGAAAAUUUUAUAUGCUCAGUGUGCCUAGAUAUAUGUCACAACCCAGUAGUGACUCUGUGUAAUCACAUAUGUUGCUACAAAUGUUUGUAUUAUUCACUCUUACAUAAGAGAAAAUGUCCAAUUUGUAAACAAGCAAUUAAAAAUAAUGAAUUGAAAAGAAUAACAGGGAAAAGAAAAAGUGAAUAUGAAGAAAUAAGAAUAAGGUGCAAUUUAUGUAAUGAUGAAUUGAAAAUAAAAAAUCAUAAGAGACAUUUAAAAUAUUGUAAAUAUAGAAGAUGUAACAAUUAUGUGUUAGGAUGUGAAUAUUAUGAUAAAAAAAACAAAAUAAAAUUUCAUGAAGAAUCAUGUGAACAUAGAUUAAUACGUUGUUCAAGUUGUUCUAAUUUAUUUUACUAUAAAAAUAGAAUUUUUAUGUUAACAUUGAAAGAAAAAUAUCAACUUAAUAUACGUUCCACUUAUACAUAUUAUUCCUUUUAUUAUAAUUUAUUAAUGAACAUAAAUUAUAAAUUUUUUAAUUAUAAGUAUAUAACAAAGAAAAACGUUUCCUGUGAUAAUAAUUUGUCAAAAAAGUUGUCCAUUUUGAGAACCCUUCAACGAACCCUUGAUCGUUUAGUCUAUAAGGCAAUUUCUACUCGAAGAUUCUCAGAGAUCAAUCAACGUGACACAACCGUCAACCCAAGUCUAACAACAACUACUCAAAGCAAUAGAACAUUCAAUCCUAAUCAAAAUAAUCUUCACAAUCACACAGGUAGCAAUAAUAAAAAUGUUUCUAAAAGAGGACAUGCUAAUGUUUCAUCCUACUUGAAUAUCCAAAGAAAUGAUGCUAAUUAUCAAGACCACUUAAAUUUCAACACAUCAACGGAAAAUGCAACAUUGAGAAGUUUAGAAACUAAUAUUCCAUUGCACCCUUUGAUAACCGGUCGCUUAAACAAUACCAACAUUGGUGUCAUAGGGAACGAAAGAUCCCUUGGGGGAUUCGGUGAGAGGAAGUACUUAAAGGAGGAGCUGCACAAAUUGGAAAAAAUGAGUCAAGCCGGUCUAGCGGGUCUAGCGGGCCAAAUGGGCCAAAAGAGCAGAUCUGACAGAGUGAAGGGCAUCCCCUCCAAAAAUGAACUCGCUAAGAGGAGGAACAGAUCCCAUGAAGAAGAGUUUUUAAACAUAUUACCACUAAGAAAAACUUUUAAUUUCAAAGAUAAAACCAGCAAAGACAUUUUAGUAAUAAUAAAAGAAUUAUUCCAAUUUGAAAACAUCGAUAUGAGCAGUAUUUGUAUAGACAACAAGGAAUUUUUUUUAUGUAAUAAAAAUUGUUUUAGAAACACAAUUAAGAACCUUAAAUCUGAAUUGCAACAGUUACUCGUACUAUUAUAUUUUUGUUGCUGUGUCGGUAUGCCUGCAAUGUUUACACUUGGAUGUAUGAGCUACAUCACGACCAAAGGGGUAUUUAAAUUCUCCUUUUUAUUGGUUAAUACAUUUAUUAGUUUAUCACAGAGAUUUAUUUUAAAAUUUUUUUAUAGUUAA